CAGCUAAUGGUCUAUGUGAUCUAAAUCUUAAUAGUAGUUGACGUGACGUGUGUGCGGAGAUGCUGAACUGGCACCCACUUCCUUCUCUCUUCUUCCUCUUUCUUUCACUAUUUCUAUUUCUAUAUUUAUACGUUCACCCUUCUCUCUUCUCUCUUCUCACUUCUCAUCGCAUCUCUUUCUAUUAAAGAAAAAAAUAAAGAAGCAAAUUAAGAAAAAUGGAAGGCUAUUUGCUCUUCAUCGUCGCCGUCGUUUUCCUCUUCUCCUCCUCCGUCAACGCCUGCGACCGAUGUCUUCACCGCUCUAAGGCUGCUUAUUUCUCCUCUGCCUCUGCUCUCUCCUCCGGAGCUUGUGCUUAUGGCUCCAUGGCCACCGGUUUCUUCGCCGGUCACAUCGCCGCCGCCAUGCCUUCCAUCUACAAAGACGGCGCCGGCUGCGGUGCUUGCUUCCAGGUCCGAUGCAACGACCCCACGCUCUGCACCACCAAAGGAACCACCGUGAUGGUCACGGAUCUUAACACGAGCAACCACACCGAUCUCGUCCUCAGCAGCAGAGCCUUCAGGGCUAUGGCUAAGCCUCUUGCUGGCGCCGACAGAGCUCUUCUCAGACAAGGCCUUGUCGACAUUCAAUACCACCGAGUUCCUUGCGAUUACGGAAACAGGAAGAUGAUGAAUGUGAGGGUCGAAGAAUCGAGCAAAAAGCCCAAUUACUUGGCCAUUAAGCUCUUGUACCAAGGUGGCCAAACCGAGGUGGUCGCCAUCGACAUUGCUCAGGUUGGUUCCUCGCGCUGGAGUUACAUGACCAGAAGCCACGGAGCCGUCUGGGUCACUGACAAAGUUCCCACCGGAGCUCUUCAGUUCCGGUUCGUGGUCACGGCUGGCUACGACGGCAAAGUGGUCUGGUCUCAGAGGGUUCUUCCGGCCAACUGGGAAGCUGGUAGGACCUACGACGCCGCCGUUCAGAUCACCGACAUUGCUCAGGAAGGUUGUGAUCCAUGCGACGAUCACAUCUGGAACUGACUUACUUACACAAGUAACACAACACACUCUUGUUUAGAAGCACAGUAGCCUCUCCUUAUAUAGAUAUGUUUCUGUGUGUGUAAUCAGGCAUUUCAUUAUUAUUUGAUUAAUUCUACAAGAAAUUAUCAAACAAGAGAACUUAGAAAGAUUUAAGGGAUAUAUAUAUGUACAAAGCAGGUCUAUCUAUAUAUGUACACCACCAUUCUUUCUAUCUGUAACAUUGCGACUUAAAAAUGACAUUCCAUUUUCUUCAAAGAAUUUCUUUCUCUAUCGGAAAAGAAUGCCUGAUUCUUGCGUAAAGCCAAGUCAAGCCUCAUAUUAAAAGAAAGAAAAAAGAGCAAGAGAUUCGUCUGAGCAAGUCUCUUCUGGUUUGAUCCAAAUCGCUUCUAGGGGACAUUGCCUAUUUCUGAGUACUCCCAUAUCGACUCAUGCUCAUCUGCUCUUUCACUGACCUUUGCCUCCGAGGUUGUACAAAUGCAGGAGGUCGGGUUUUCGUGGAACUCGCCCUCUCCUGCUUUCAUUUCAUCUGGUUCCCCCAUGAACCCUUUCUGGUAUCUCCGGACCUUUGAUGAGAAAUCAUCCCAUGUCAUGUUGUGUCUGUCUGUGAAGAGUCUGUACAGUUUCUUGGCGUUUGGACGGAUGGUCACUUUGUGUCCCAAGUAUCUC